CGUGUGCAAUCGUGUGUCAAAACAAAACACAAUACCGUGCAUUUGAUUCGACCACUUGGCGUUUGUACCGUUGUAGUAAACCACGUUUCUCACUUGGCAAGUGGCAAAAACUAGUAUCCGGCCGCAGUUCAGCUACUAAUAAAUUAUCAUUAUGACUUCUUUAAGUCUAAAUAUAGAUCCUGUUGUUAUAUGUCCUUACGACUCAAACCACUUGAUAGCCAAAUCUAGAAUAGCAAAACACAUCGUCAAAUGUGAAAGGCACCAUCCCGUAGGCUACAAAGUACAGUGUCCUUAUGAUGCUACUCAUAGAUUUUUUCCACAAGAUUUGGAAGCACACGUUGAGACGUGUCCAAUGAAGCUCGUAACUACUGCUCACCAGUAUGCAAACACGUUAGGAUCUGGAAUAGACGUGGACAUGGAAAGUUCAGCACUAUCUACGAUUGAGCAAGAAGAAUGGGAAGAAGACAAGAACAAUCCUGAACCUCUACCCAAAGAGCCGACGCUUGACAAACCAGUACAGCGUGUUAUUGUCAAUACAUUUAGAGGCAAUGCUGUCACAGCUAAAAGAAUUGGUAGCACUAUGCGACGUCCGUUUGGUUACUCUGAAUCAAUGAUGUUGGAUUUUAGUAGCGCGAGUAUUCACGAGGACGAUGACGAUACUGAUUCUAUUGAAUGUGGAAUGGAUCACGGGAGAGGCAGAGCGUUGAAUCAAAAAAGGGGACAGCCUCAUAGAGGAAUUAGAGGCAUUAGCAUUCUUCACAGGAGGGGUUUCAGAGGUAGAUUGCCUUAAUUUUUGAACAAGAAAAAUAUUUUUUCAUAGUUUUCAGUGAUAAGAUGAAAAGUAUUUAUACAAAUAUAUUUUUUACUCAUUCUUGUAUAAUAUUGUAGCAAUGAUUUAAGUUUUGUUUCUUUUGUCAACUUGAAAUCCCUAAUAAGUAAAACGACAAAUCAAUUUACUGAUAUAAAUUUUCUUUGCGUUAAGCAUUACUUCUUGGUUAAAUAAUUUGAUAAAAUAAAUAAAGGUUUUUCUGCCUUCAAACAAA